UUUACAAAAAUAAUAGAAUGUUUGAUAGGUAGAUAAAUAUUAUAGAGGAAAAUCUAGACAGAAAACCAUAAAUCGGAGCAAAAUAAAAUUAAGUGAUCCACAGUCAGAUGGUUGCAUUGACAUACAGUGUAGAUACUCGAUUGUACUAAAUUUAAACAAAUUGUGUUUCACAUCAAAAUGGAAGAAAAAUCUGAAGGAGUAACCGAUUCACCGAAGAAAGGACCCACCCUUAGUACGCUGAGUACGAGUACGAGCAGUAGUUUUGAGCCUUUAGAUCCGCACGAUCCGAGCCUGAGUAGAUUAGCCACGAAAAUGUUCCAAAAGACCCACAGCUAUGUGUCGCACGAAUUGAAUACGUCGCUCGAAGACUAUAAGCUGCUUGAAAACAUGCAAAAGCUGACCAUAUCAAAGUAUUCGGACAUGAAUCAAAUAGCCGAAAAUUUGGUCACCUCAUCCGCUGAAUUGAAACAGAAAUUUGAAGAAUUGAUGCCCUACUUGGCCGAAAUCGAUGAAAUCGAGAAAACUGUGAAUGAUUUAGAAGCAGCCGCAUUUAAAUUGGACGCUUAUAGCUUACGACUGGAGAGUAAAUUUAAUGAAUUGAUGAAGAAAAAGUAAACGAAAAAGUCCCGAUUGUUUGAUGGUUUUUUAUUUUAUAGAAAUUUUGUAAAUAAACAAACGUUGUUCAUCCUA